CCCGAGCGGAGGCCGGCCGCGCUCAGCCCUGGCUGCUGAAUGGGCGCGCGGCUCCCGGCCCCGGCCCUCCCGCGUCCAGCCCGUGCUUCAGCUCCCGCUCCCGCCCCGCCCGGGCCUCCGCCGGCUGCCGCCAUCCGCCGCCUCGGCUGUGAAUGAAAGGCCGGCGCCGCCGGGGACUGGCUGCAGGCGACGUGGCCUCCCGGGAGGCGCUCGCCCCGCCAAGAUGUACGGUGUGUGUGGCUGCUGCGGAGCCCUGCGCCCCAGGUACAAAAGGCUGGUUGACAACAUCUUCCCAGAGGAUCCUGAGGAUGGCCUGGUGAAGACCAACAUGGAGAAGCUGACCUUCUACGCCCUCUCCGCCCCAGAAAAGCUCGAUCGUAUUGGCGCCUACCUCUCCGAGAGGCUCAUCCGCGACGUGGGUCGUCAUCGAUAUGGGUACGUGUGCAUCGCCAUGGAGGCCCUGGACCAGCUGCUCAUGGCCUGCCACUGCCAGAGCAUCAACCUCUUCGUGGAGAGUUUCCUCAAGAUGGUGGCCAAGCUGCUUGAGUCGGAGAAACCCAACCUGCAGAUCCUGGGCACCAACUCGUUUGUCAAGUUCGCCAACAUUGAGGAGGACACCCCAUCCUACCAUCGGAGCUACGAUUUCUUCGUGUCUCGCUUCAGUGAAAUGUGCCACUCCAGCCAUGAGGACUUGGAGAUCAAGACUAAAAUCCGAAUGUCGGGCAUCAAAGGUCUACAAGGGGUGGUAAGAAAGACAGUGAAUGACGAAUUGCAGGCCAAUAUCUGGGACCCACAGCACAUGGACAAGAUCGUCCCAUCACUGCUUUUCAAUCUGCAACACGUGGAGGAGGCUGAGAGCCGGUCCCCUUCACCCCUCCAAGCACCAGAGAAGGAAAAGGAGAACCCGGCAGAACUGGCUGAGAGGUGCCUGCGGGAACUGCUGGGCCGGGCUGCCUUUGGCAACAUCAAAAAUGCCAUCAAGCCUGUUCUCAUCCAUCUGGAUAACCAUUCUCUUUGGGAACCCAAGGUGUUCGCCAUCCGUUGCUUUAAAAUCAUCAUGUACUCAAUUCAGCCGCAGCACUCCCACCUGGUUAUCCAGCAGCUCCUGAGCCACCUGGAUGCCAACAGCCGCAGUGCGGCCACGGUGCGGGCUGGCAUCGUGGAGGUCCUGUCGGAAGCCGCCGUCAUCGCCGCCACCGGCUCUGUGGGACCCACAGUGCUGGAGAUGUUCAACACUCUGCUGAGGCAGCUGCGGCUCAGCAUCGACUACGCCCUGACCGGGAGCUACGAUGGGGCGAUCAGCCUAGGCACCAAGAUCAUCAAGGAGCACGAAGAGCGCAUGUUCCAGGAGGCAGUCAUCAAGACCAUAGGCUCCUUUGCCAGCACGUUGCCCACGUACCAGCGCUCCGAGGUGAUCCUCUUCAUCAUGAGCAAGGUCCCGCUGCCUUCCCUGCAUCACCCCGUGGAGACGGGGAGGACAGGGGAGAACAGAAACCGGCUGACCCAGAUUAUGCUGCUGAAAUCCCUCCUUCAGGUAUCCACUGGUUUCCAGUGCAACAACAUGAUGUCAGCUCUGCCCAGCAACUUCCUUGACCGCCUUCUCUCCACCGCCCUCAUGGAGGAUGCAGAGAUCCGUCUCUUCGUUCUAGAGAUUCUCAUCAGUUUCAUUGAUCGUCAUGGCAACCGCCACAAGUUCUCUACCAUCAGUACCCUCAGUGACAUCUCUGUCCUGAAGCUGAAAGUGGACAAGUGCUCCCGACAGGACACCAUUUUCAUGAAGAAGCACUCCCAGCAGCUCUACAGACACAUCUACCUGAGCUGUAAGGAGGAAACGAACAUACAGAAGCACUACGAGGCGCUCUACGGCUUGCUGGCGCUCAUCAGCAUUGAGCUGGCCAACGAGGAGGUGGUGGUAGACCUCAUCCGCCUAGUGCUGGCCGUUCAGGACGUGGCCCAGGUCAACGAAGAGAACUUGCCUGUUUACAACCGCUGUGCUCUCUAUGCGUUGGGCGCCGCCUACCUGAACCUCAUCAGCCAGCUCACAACCGUGCCUGCCUUCUGCCAGCACAUCCAUGAGGUGAUAGAGACCAGGAAGAAAGAGGCUCCAUACAUGCUCCCUGAGGACGUGUUUGUGGAGAGGCCCAGGCUGUCUCAAAACCUCGAUGGAGUGGUGAUUGAGUUUCUCUUCCGCCAGAGCAAGAUCAGUGAAGUCCUGGGGGGCAGUGGUUACAAUUCAGACAGGCUCUGCCUGCCCUACGUCCCUCAGCUGACAGAUGAGGAUCGCUUAUCCAAGAGGAAGAGCAUUGGAGAAACCAUUUCCCUGCAGGUGGAGGUGGAAUCCAGGAACAGCCCAGAGAAGGAGGAGCGAGUGCCUGCCGAGGAGAUCACCUAUGAGACGCUAAAGAAAGCCAUUGUGGACAGUGUAGCGGUCGAGGAGCAGGAGCGUGAACGGCGGCGACAGGUGGUGGAGAAGUUCCAGAAGGCACCCUUUGAGGAGAUUGCAGCGCACUGCGGGGCCCGGGCAUCACUGCUGCAGAGCAAACUCAAUCAGAUCUUUGAAAUCACCAUCCGGCCCCCACCAAGCCCUUCAGGAACCAUCACUGCAGCCUACGGCCAGCCUCAGAACCACUCCAUCCCUGUCUAUGAGAUGAAGUUUCCUGAUCUGUGUGUAUACUGAAUUCCAAGACACAGGCUUCUCUGAGGGAUGGGGUUAGAAGGAGGGGCUUGCCUUCACACCUACCCCUACAGCACGGAAAUCUAACUGGGCUCUCAGAGAAAAGGCACUUCCCCAGCUGAGCAAGGCGGAUCCCGUCUUGCCCCCUCUCAGCCUCCAUGCUUCCUCUUUGUCUUCCCCGAGGGAGCUCCGGCUACCUGCUCCUCUGGGGCCAAUAAGCAUCUCACCUGUGCCCUUUGUCUCCUCCUUUGUGUCCGCCUGGGACUGAGAGUUGUGGGGGUCUCCAGAGAGAGGCUGAGAUCCCAGGAAGCUCCUGCUUGUGUAGUAAGUGAAGGGCUUUCAUGGGGGUGGGCCUGGGUGGGGCACAGCUGCCAGUUCCCCAGGAGGGAACCAGAUGGAGACACCGUUGUUCAAAGGAAGCCUUAGACUACAAUAAAGAGGAAGCAAGGCUGGCUCCUCCUGUAAAGCGGCAGGGAGCCAGCCAGAAGAGGGGCCCUGAUCUCCUUCAGAGCAUCCCCUUCCUCCUUCCCCAUUUGAGGAUUCUAAGGCCCUUGACACUCUGGUGUCUCUUCCACUCUCCUGCUCACCCUACCGGUUGCUUCUCCAUGAUUCUAUCAUUAAGUAAUAUUGAGUUCUUAUAGCAGGGGCUGGGGUAGAGACACCAUGGGGGGCAACUAAGGGUAAAUGAAGGGCCAGCAGCCCACUGAUAGAGGGGGCUGCUCUCCACAGGCUGGGUGGCAGGACCAGGGAGCAGAAGCAUGGUCCCCUCUCCUGUAGAGCAGUAGCAGGCAGAAGUGGGCACAUCCACGGCCAUCUGUAGCAUCUCCCCUCCUCUGUACUGAGGGAGCUUGCUUGGCCCUCCCGUGGUUCUCUCUCUUCUGGAUGUUCUUCUGAGUUGAGUUCUUUCUCUUUGAUGCCUUUCUUCCUGAGGAUCCCAAUGUGUUUCUACAGCCUCUGGGGCUAGGGGAGGGCAGAACAAUAUAAUUUGGUUCUAGACGACUCAAAAGGAGGAGGGACAGUGGGGGCUCUAGGCCUGCCUACAUCACCUCCUCUAGAGGAGGCUCCCAGCCUGGCUGGGAGGAUGGGAAGGGAGGUGAGUGGAGGGAGUAGCUCUUUGGGGCUCAAGGAUAUCAGAAGUCAACCUUUUAGAUGUUUCAUUCGGGGAAAGAAGGAUCCAGCACCUAAUACUGGAGUGAUUUUUUCACUCCAGUCACAGAGUCUGGACGUCAGCGCAGCUAGCAAAGCUGGAGGCCUGGGGAGAGGCAGUGUAGACCCCUUUGGGUUCUGAGUUUCUGUUUUCCCUGAGUGCCACCUGCACAUCUGUGUGGGGCAGGAGCUAGUGCAGAGCUUGACGGCCAAGUUUGCUGUGUUCUCCAUCCCCCACUCUACCCACUCCCAGUCCCUUCCCUCCCUCCGGGGCCUUUGUGCCUCCAGAGCCACCUCUGGCCCAGCCUCACCUGGGCCUCUGCCUGUGGCAGCACCUGUGACCCAAAAUAGCCCUUUUCUUCUUUUCCAGUCAAAACUUCCCUUGACUUUCCUGAGCCAAUAUGACUCACAGUGAAGUGAGAAUGGUCUCCUCCCUGGAGAAUUUGCUUUUGAAAAGAGGGAGGGUGAGUAGAUUUCUUGAUCCAAAGGAACCCCUUUGUAGGGCACAACUUUACGCAGCAUCGGGUAGGGUUGGAAGCAGGCUGUUUCUGCUACAGGGAGGGCAGUCUUCUCGGGACACCCUCGGGUCACACCCACAUACGUGGCCCUGCACAGAUGCACUGAGAGCCUGCUUAUCAGGACAGAGAGGUGUAUUUGCCCAAAGCAGGAGUAUCUCAACAUAUGUACUUUCCCAUUACAUGUGCAAUACAUUUCUUGGGCAGGGGGGCUGUCUGACCCUCGUUCCUAUAGUUUCCCCCCUUGGUCACUGCCUCUGUGCUGUGAGCCUGUGGCUUCUGGAUGGGCUACACGAUUGCAGGGCUUCUGCCCCCCCCACGGCUUUGGCUCUGCUCUAUGGCUUUUGGCUAAUGCCAACUCAACUUUAUAAGCAUGAACUGAGAUUUCUCUUUACCUUAAUAUCUGUUUAUUAAGAAAGCAAAUUUAAAAUAACUAGAAACAAGCGUAAAGACCAAUAACCUUUGGAAGAAACUUUACAGAAAAUCUAAAUCUUGAGCCACAAAUAUGUCUUUAUUCACUGGAUUGUCCUGUCUUUCUCCCCUACUUAGAUUGGGUGAGAAACCCUGUUUCUCCCUCGUGUCUGUCUGACUUUAGGGUCCACCCCAUGGCACCUGCAGCCUGAGCACUGCCCGAGGGCCCUGGUUCUGGGACUUGGAAGUCAUUCCUGAAGCCUCUUGUUAGAGCCCGCACUAGAACCAGAGACCUCCAGGGCCACUCAGCUGUCUCUCCCUCAUCCCCACCCGGGGACUAGAGGGAAGAAAAAGGUGCAGGAUUCCCAUUCUUCAUACACUCCAGUGCUGUUUCCUCUGUGCCUGUCCAAAGCAGCUUUCUCUUUACAUCACCACUCCCUAGCAAACAUGUGCUUCUUUUGGAGACCUGGCCAAAUUUUGAGUGCCCCUCUUCACAGUUUCAGUUUAAAGUUAAACUCAGUAGAAUAUGAGGUUGCCUAGUGACAUGGAGUAGAAUCUAGAUUCUGGCCAAAUAUGCUUCAGAAUCAGAAAGUUUAAGGUGAGCCUUAACUGGAACAGACAAUUAAAUGGUAAAUUAAGCUGAAAUCUAAUUUUGUGCUGAAACAAGGCAUCUUCCUUACAUCUGGGGAGAAGGCUUAAAGCAGUGUGAUACUUCUUCAUUUCACGAGCCCUAGAAAUCUUCUAGUUAAAGUACCCCUUAUCCCAAAUCUGGCCUAUGUUUGAAGCUGGCAGAAGAAUGGUCAUGAUGGGGCCUGCCAGCUGGGGAAGUGAGGAGGGGACACAGGCUUGUGGGAGGGGCUCUGUGGCCUGUUAGGGCCAGAAGGCAGUUUUCUGUGUUCUCCUUUAGCACCAGCCAGGUUGACCAGGUCUUUUCUCCUUCAGGGGACUUUGGGGUUUUAGCCCAUCACCUUCCCCUUUUGGGCUCUUCCUCUGUGGCUGUUGGUUCUGGCCUAUAGAGUGCAGAGUUGUAAAUCCAUAAAUGCUGCAGCAUUACACGGACAUUGUAACAUGUCCAUGUCCAUCCAGACCUUCACAACCUGGCUGAGGGUGUGUGUGCCCAUGUGUGUGCAUGUGUGUGUAAUGUAGUUCAUAGCUGACGAUGUGUGUAUAUAAUAGCUGAUGUAUUUAUAUGUGAGUGCAGAUUUAGUGUCUGUGGCAGUUUUCUGUAUUUUAAACUCAUUGAAUCAAAUUAGUUUAAUUUUAAGGAAGGGGAAGGAAGAGUGGGGGGAGGGUGGAGGAAGAAGGACUCUUAGCAAGAUUAUUCUUUAGGACUAUUAGUCGUGGUUUCCCAAUGAGCCGUCACAAUGCCCUUUUCAAAUAAAUGUUAAUGUUGUCACUCCA